AUGACUGACGAAUCUCAAAUACCACCCCCAUCUCAACCUCCAGCCGCACCCGUCAUUUCUGGCGGACCUGGAAAUGCUCUUAACGAACGGACUUAUCAAGAAGUGGAGUAUCUCAAACGCAACCUCGGUCCCAUUUUGGUUGCUGCUUUGGCUGAAAUCUGUAUCCGCAGACCUGCUGACCCCAUCGAAUACUUGGGACAUUGGCUUCUCCGCUGGCGAUACAACGAAGAACUGAAGCGUCGGGAUGUACAGAAUGCGCUGGAGGUCGUUCGGCGGAAAACUUGGAAUGAUGGCAGUGGGAUGAGGAAGGCAGAAAUAGGUCAACAGCCACCUCUCCUCCUCAACACGGUCGCUCCAGACGUUCCCCCCGCUCCUGAAACAUUUGGCGAAGGGUUUAUUCCAACUCAUCCAUACGCCGCUCCCGGAUAUGGAGGCCCCCUCACAGCAGACCAACUGAAAACAGUGGCCAAUGUCGAAGUAGCUGCACCACCACCGCCACCGCCGAUGACCGAGUCAACGUACCCACCUCCAGAAAGUGCUCCGCCAAUGGUGGUCCCGGAAGUUGGUGGUGGACCUCCUUCAGCCGAAGAAGUGUCUUAUCCUCCUCCAGCAACAUCACAAGAUGAGCAGCCGCAGCCAGGACGAUCCUCUCAAGGAGCAGCGGCGGUUGAAGGGGACGGUGGGGCGAAGAAGACGUCCUUGAUCAAAGGGACAGGGUCAGGAGAAAAGAAGGGGUCCUUGGUGAGAGAGACUGGUUCUGGGGAGAAGAAGGGGUCACUUCGAAGAUCCGGUGGUGGGUCCAAUGGUGGUCAGCCUGUUGCUGCUCAGCCCCCUCAAGACGCCGAAUUCCAGCAAGAACCAGCAGAAUAG